CAUUUAUUUUCAAGUCGGAACCAAACAGCGCAACCACGUUGUUUCUGACCGGGAGCAUUUAGCGGCUGGUACAAUUCAAGACCAGCUAGUAUGCUAUGCUAGCCUUUAGCUAACCUGUCUGUCUUACGAUUUAACUGACAGCAUUGUUUUACUUCAACAUUUAGGUUAUCGAGAUGGACAACAGUGAAGAGCCCAAAGAAACCCCGGACCGGUCCGACCUGGUUUCUGAGGACGGCAAGAACAGCAAGACUGUGGUGUGUCAACGCUGCGGAUCCAAGGUGCUGUGCCCGGGGAUGGCUGUGUUAGCAGAGAAAGAGCUGUUCCUACCAUCCAUGCGGAAAAAGAGCGGCCUCAGCACCACAGAGGGCUCAGUGGACGGGGACACUCUGACCGCCCACUGGUUUGUGGAUGACAUGUACACUUUUGAGAAUGUGGGGUUCACUAAGGACGUGGGCAGAAUCAAGUAUCUCAUCUGUGCAGAUUGUGAGAUCGGACCAAUCGGCUGGCACUGUUUGGAUGACAAGAAAAGUUUCUACGUCGCUCUGGAGAGGGUGAAUCAUGCAUAGUCUAAAUGCACAUUUGAGCCCACAUGAACUUUAAAAAAUGUGUUGGCAGGCUAUGCAUUUUUUUGGAUUUAUUCCCCGAGUUCACCCCAACCUAAUCCAUCACUCACACACACUUACAUAUACUGUCAUGUGUACAUUGUUUAUGAUGAUAACAGGACUGUGUCACUCACUCUCAUUCUCCUCUAUCAUACCGACAACAGUAUGAGCUCUUCUAUUAAAGAUGUUUUUGGGAAGCAGAUGUUGAAUACCAUUCUGCAGCAGCUGUUUCCUGGAUAAUGUGAUGUAAAUUCUUUCAUCUCAGUGUCUUUUAACCAAUAAAAAAAAUUAUUGUCAGAUUAAUGAGAUGAAAAUCAAUCCUAACAUGAGUUAGGGUUUGUUUGAUUUAUAAAAAUACAAAAAUGUAAAAGAUCAGAUUGAUCAUAAAGAUCAUAAAUUGACUAAAGAUUGAGUAACUUACAAUUUUGAUAAUUGAUGAAUCUUUAAAGUCACUUGAAAAUACAAAGCAUUCACUAAUUCCAGCUUCACAAAUAUGAGUAUUUAUUGCUUUACUUUGUUAUUGUUUUUAAUCAUUGUAAAUGUAAUACUUUUUGGUUUUAUAUAUUUGGUCAAACAGAAGCAGGUUGAAGAUGAUAGGUGGGGCUCUGUGAACUUGUGAUGGGCAUUUUUCACUAUUUUAUAAGUUAAUCAAUUCACUGAAAACAUUUUCGAUAGAUUAUUAAAUACUGCAAACAAUCAUUUGUUGCAGCCCUAAACAAGUUACUCACUGUUGAUAAAAAAAUCAGGUCCCCCGACAUCUCUUUCAUGAGACAAUGUUGUGAGUUCUCUGGCUUAUCCACAGAAGACCUCACUAUUACCUGCACAUAAUACUCACUGAAGAAAUACUCCUUAUGCAAACAGUUUUCAGCCUGGGUGAAUCAGCCAUUAAAAAUCUCCAUUCAUUA